GAAAAGUUGGCAAUGGUAUCCAAAAGUCAAGAGGCAUUCACUGAGUGUGAAAAAGGUUUUGCUUUCAAGGAAUGUAAAUCUAGUGGCUUUUAGCAGUAUCAUACAAAUUGAGAAUGGAUAUGCUAUGAAGAUAGUGGAUGAGCUUGAUACAUGGCUCUCAUGAUGAUAUUUUCAAUAAAAUUGCUGAAAAUAGAUUUAUUUGGACUUUAGCUAGAUUCAGCUUGAGGAGCAGGAAUUCAGAUCGCUUGAGAUAAAUGAAGGAUGACUUGUUGAGGUUGGUGGAGUAUUUCUGAGAUAUAGAUUGAGAUAGCUAUCAAUUAAAUAAAUGGAGUCAAGGAGAGAUCUUAGAUACUAUAUCUUUCAUGUUGAAGUGGUGGUGGAGAUUGCCACUGGAAGGAAGUUUAUCUUGGAAAUGUUUUGUCGAACUUAGAUACUAUAUAGAAAAAGAGUUGGAUGGUCAAGCUCUUCCCCGAGCAACAUUACUUCACCUGCAUGAAAGAGUGUUCUGAAGGCAAAAGAGAAUUUUUUUUCACAAGCAUAAAUGUAAAGGUUGGGUAUGGGGCUGACACUAAAUUUUGGACAGAUUCUUGUGCCUAGGGAAUCAACUCCUCCUACUAUUAAGCUCCAUCAGUUAAUAGAGAAUUAUGCAAGGGAUGAGAACAGUCAGCUUUCUAUUUGGCCCAAGUUGAGGAGGAGCAAGAUGAGGCUGCUGAUUUGGUUAGCAUCCAACAGCAUGUGCUUCUGAAUGAGGGCAUAGACAGGGUGACUUGGAUAUGGGAUCUUCCAUGUGAAAGGUUUCUAUGAUUUUUUUUUUUUCCUACUGCGGAGAGAUCCGUUCCUCCUAUUUUUUAUGCUACUUGGAGUGCAAUUCUGAAGAAGCUUAGAGAUAUUGGGAGGCUGUUGUUGAUUAAAAAGCUAUUAACAGUGGAGAAUCAAACAAAGAGGAACUGGAACUUGCCUUUGAGAUGUGUUCUGUGCUGAGCAUUAGGAAAUCGUGGGCUAUUUGUUCAUCAGUUGGAGAAUGGUGGCAGGUUCUAAGCAUUUCUGGCAUUUCUAUACAUUUGCUUAAUGUAUAGAAAUUACUUCUAUACAUUGAACUAAUUAGCAAUUCAUUUAGAUUUUAUUUAUUAUUUAACUAAUAUUACUUUUUUUUGUGCAUACUAGGUAACAACAUGCCGCGAGGAAAACGAUUCAGAGAUGUGGAGUUUCAGCACACAUCCGUGGGAUCUUCUUCCGAUCAGUCCCUACGGUCCCAGCAGCCCGACGAGCCCCAUCAGCACGAAUCUCAGUCUGAGUACGUGCCACCUGCUGAUUGUCCAGACAUGAAUGACGUGCACAUCCAGGGUAAUUUGAUUUACAUUUUUUAUAUUAAUUUUUCUUACAAUCCAUGGAUAUUUUAUUUUAUUUUUAUAGAUGGACUGGGAAGAGUGAGGAGGACACGAGGACCCACUCGAGCAUGGGACGUGUGGAGUCUACGUGAGGAUGAGAAGAUCGUCGUCCAAUGCAAUGAACUGGGGCAGCCUAUUAAGAGGACUGCAAGCAUUUUAUCGACUUUUCUAGGAUCGGUUGCACGGAUGGGUCAGUUGUGUCCGCUCAACUAUACGAAAUGGAAUGAAAUGCUUCCUUCGUAUAAGGUUGAGCUUCUUAAAGUUAUUGAGAAAAAGUUUGUCCUUCCUGCAAAUAGCCAUGAUUGGGUGCUGAAGUCCGUCAACCGCAAAUGGAAAGAAUAUAAGGCGAAACUAAAGGCAGACUGGAAGCACGUGGGCAUGACUGAAGAGAGGGUGGCUCGUGUUUGUCCUCCUGAUGUAAUCCCUCAUCAAUGGAGGGAGCUUGUCCACUACUGGUUUUCAGAGAAAUCUCAAGUUGUGUAUAUUUUUUCAAUACCUUAGAUUGUAUUUACUAAUAAUAUAGAUUACAAAUUUAUACAUUAAAUAUAUUAUAUUGUUUAUUCUUUUUUUGGAAAGACGUAUUUCAACAUUGGUAGAGCUGCACGAGCCUCUCAGACUGUUCCUCAUAUUUCAGGCUCGAUGAGUUGUGCUAGGCGUAGAGCUGAAUUCGUAAGUUUUUUUUAAACUCUUUACAACUAUUUUAAAUUGUUCUAUCAUAUAGCAUGUAUCAUGAUAACUAGCUUGUCAAUAUACUUUUUGUUGUAGAUGGAUGAUAAUGGAAGGGAGCCUGGUAAGGUGGAGUUUUAUAAGAUG